GACGGUUUUUCAAAAGACGUGUGUCACACUCAUAACUGGUAAUUCCUAUAUGUUUCUUCCUUGAAGUGAAACAGAUAUUCUGUGGCUAUCGUUAGUGCCUUCAAUGUAAAAAUUUUCAUUUAUCAUGCUCUCGUCGUUCCUAUUUUCCUGCUCAGGUUCUCAUUAAUUUCGACCUAAAAUUUCAGCAAAAACAUCCACUUUUGUGGCCUUUGUCCCUUGCCCUAAGGAGAAAUCAACGCUACUUCUCGAAUUCCACGCACAUCCUGGAAAUUCUACGUACAUUUCCUUAGACGUCGCUUAAAUUUCCUCAGAGUUCGUGUACAUUCUCGAAGCGUUUUUUUGUCAACAGCCCGUUGUCUUCAUGAAUCAAUUAUGCAUCCCAUUAACGAUAUAGUAGACGGUAGACUUAUAUUUAAAGGUCGAGAUAAAGCGUUUUCUAACACUAUAUGCCAUAAAUAAUGCGACAAUAACCUACACUUUAGGAAGUAGCUCUCCCAAAUCUCACUUAAAAACAUGAAAGUGAUGAAAAAGACUGGGUUGCUAUAAAAACGAAGGGCGGUGUUAUUUCCAUCCUGAGUUGAAACCUUUUAGAAGUAGUUUCAUUGUUGUUUAUAUUCGUUCACAAUACAGAGUUUAGUGUAGUUUCUACUUCAGUGUCGUAUUUUAACUCACACUUUUCUGUUCAAGAUUAUCACACUCAUUUCUCACCCUCAUCUUAAAAGAAGUUACAGGGCACAAAUAAACCCAUCAGUGGCUUGGUGUUCGAAAAAUCAUGUACAAUGGUCAAACCAAAAUGUGAUUCUUCUGGUUUAGCUAUUAAAACAGGUGGUAUCCGUUUUCAGAAGACAAAGGGUCAGCAUAUACUGAAAAAUCCCCUCGUUAUUACCACAAUGGUGGAAAAGUCUGGUAUCAAGUCCACAGACUCCUUGCUUGAAAUUGGUUCUGGAACCGGUAACCUCACUGUCAAGUUGUUAGAAAAGGGAAGGAAAGUGUACGCAUUCGAAAUAGAUCCAAGAAUGGUUUCGGAAUUGCAAAAACGUGUGCAAACCUCACCACAUCGAACCAAACUAGAAAUUCUCGUUGGCGAUGCAAUCAAAGCAAAAUCAUGGCCCAAGUUCGAUCUCUGUGUAGCGAACCUGCCGUAUAAAAUCUCCUCGCCAUUCAUCCAAAGACUGAUUAGCGCAGGUCGUGGUUUUAGAGCAGCAGUUGUUAUGCUCCAGAAAGAAUUCGCUGAUCGUCUUACGGCUAAACCUGGAGAUAAAUUAUACUGUCGUCUGUCAGCAUCUGCUCAGUUCCACUUCAAAAUUGAACAGUUGAUGAAGAUCAAUAGAAACAGUUUUCGUCCCCCACCGCGUGUUGAUUCAGCUGUUGUUCGGAUUGAGCCCAGGCAUCCAUUACCACCUGUGAUGCAUUCAGAAUGGGAUGGAUUACUGCGUCUUGUGUUUGCUCGCAAAAACAAAACGAUCGGAGCUAACUUUAGCGGCAAGUCAAUAGCUGCACAUUUACGUAAGAUUUACAUGGAGACUUGUUGCACAAAAGGAUUGUCACCAACUCCAGAGGUUAUUGCCUGUGAGUCUACUGGUGUUUCAGCAAUGGAGGAAAAAAUAACAAAUAUACUUCGAGAUUCAGGUUUCGAGAAAAAGCGCGCCCGUACUUUGGACGAAGAUGACUUUCUUAGAUUAUUAUUAGCCUUUAAAAAAGAAAAUAUAAAUUUUGGUUGAUUUC